ACAGUUUGGCAGAAAUACUUGAAGAGAGAGAAUGAGUGGAAUUGUGUUGAUUUUGGUCGUAAGUGCGGUUAUUGGAGUCUCUAUGCCGGUUAAUUCGUCACCAGUUGUUGAUCGAGAUAUUUGUACUCCAUGUGAAACUACAACACCUUGCCCUCCAUGCGAAACCACAACAACUUGUCCUCCAUGUGAAACUACUACGACACCAUGUCCACCUUGCCCUGAGACUGAGGGUCCAGGAGGCGGAGGGCCAGGUGGACCAGGUGGACCAGAAGAUGGUUAUGGACCCCCUCCUGAUUGUACUAGAGAACAAUUACCCCGGCUAUUCCCCACGUAUCAUCCUGAAUUCUUCUGGCAGUGCCGAUCCAUCAAUGACGCCCUCAUAAUGCCAUGUGGUCCAGGAACGGUAUUCUCAUAUGAAUUGCAGUACUGCACUUGGCCAUAGAAAUUAUUUGGAAGCUCUAUUGUCUGGCUAUGAUUGGCACACUAACAAACCGAUUUAAAAAAAUAUUUUGGUAUGAAGCGGGUAUUUAAUAAAGCAUUUCCAUAUUGUA